UAAAUCUGUUUCUCUGUAGCUGGUCCUGGGUGGCAGGGCGAGGCGGCUGCACGUCUCUGUUGUUCUCAACGCUAAGGCUAAAGUGGCGAUGAGCAGGUUCGAGACUGGAUCUGCUGUGAACUACGAGAAGCUGCUCAACAACAUCAACAUUGUGCGCAAAAGACUUAACCGCCCCCUUACUCUGGCUGAGAAGAUUGUGUAUGGGCACCUGGAUGACCCGACAGGUCAGGAAAUCGCCCGGGGCCGUACGUACCUGCGCUUGCGGCCGGACCGAGUGGCCAUGCAGGACGCCACAGCGCAGAUGGCCAUGCUGCAGUUCAUCAGCAGUGGACUCCCCCGAGUGGCUGUGCCCUCCACCAUCCACUGCGAUCACCUGAUCGAGGCCCAGACCGGCGGGGUGCAGGACCUUCAGAGAGCCAAGGAAGUGAAUCAGGAGGUUUAUAACUUCUUAGCCUCGUCCGCAGCAAAAUAUGGCGUCGGCUUCUGGAAACCAGGAUCAGGAAUCAUCCACCAGAUUAUUCUGGAGAAUUAUGCGUAUCCUGGAGUGUUGCUGAUUGGCACAGACUCUCACACCCCCAAUGGCGGUGGCCUGGGGGGCAUCUGUAUCGGAGUGGGCGGGGCCGACGCUGUGGACGUGAUGGCGGGAAUUCCAUGGGAGCUGAAAUGCCCUAAUGUGAUUGGGGUAAAGUUGACAGGCAGUCUAUCAGGUUGGACGUCUCCUAAGGACGUGAUUCUGAAGGUGGCGGGGAUUCUGACUGUAAAAGGGGGGACGGGAGCUAUAGUGGAGUAUCACGGGCCUGGAGUCGACUCCGUCUCCUGCACAGGCAUGGCCACUAUCUGUAACAUGGGCGCUGAGAUAGGAGCCACAACCUCAGUGUUUCCCUACAACAAGCGCAUGAAGACCUACCUGGAUAAGACCGGCCGCAAAGAGAUUGCUGAGCUGGCUGACGAGUACAAAGAGUGUUUGGUUCCUGACCAGGGUUGCCAGUACGACCAGCUGAUUGAGAUCAACCUGAGUGAGCUGCAACCUCACAUUAACGGACCCUUCACUCCUGAUCUCGCUCAUCCUGUGUCUGAAGUUGGAGCUGCAGCUCAGAAGAACGGCUGGCCGCUUGAGGUCAAAGUGGGUCUGAUUGGUAGCUGUACUAACUCCAGCUAUGAGGAUAUGGGUCGUGCUGCCUCUCUGGCUAAGCAGGCUCUGGACCGCGGGCUGAAGUGUAAAGCCCAGUUCACCGUGACUCCAGGAUCCGAACAGAUCAGAGCGACUAUUGAGAGAGAUGGAUACGCUAAGAUCCUGCGAGAUGUGGGCGGUGUGGUUUUGGCUAAUGCAUGUGGGCCUUGUAUUGGGCAGUGGGACAGGCGUGAUGUGAAGAAAGGAGAAAAGAACACCAUUGUUACCUCCUUCAACCGGAACUUCACUGCCAGGAAUGAUGCCAAUCCAGCCACACAUGCUUUCGUCACUUCACCCGAGAUAGUCACUGCUCUGGCGAUAGCUGGGACUCUGAACUUCAACCCGGAGACAGAUUUCCUGACCGAUGCUAAAGGAGAGAAGUUUAAACUGGUGGCCCCUUCAGGCGACGAGCUGCCAGCACGGGACUUUGACCCCGGCGAGGACACAUACCAGCACCCACCCACAGAGGGGGUGGCCCUCAGGGUGGAUGUGAACCCCCAGAGCACCAGGCUGCAGCUGCUGGAGCCCUUCCAGAAGUGGAACGGCAAAGACCUGGAGAACCUGCGAGUGUUGAUUAAGGUAAAAGGAAAAUGUACUACAGAUCAUAUCAGUGCUGCUGGCCCAUGGCUGAAGUUCCGUGGUCAUCUUGACAACAUCUCCAACAACCUGCUGAUUGGAGCGGUGAACACCGAAAAUGACGCUGUCAACAAGAUCAAAAACCAGCUGACUGGAGAGUAUGGUGGUGUGCCAGACGUGGCUCGUUUCUACAAGGCUAAUGGAGUGGAGUGGGUGGUAGUGGGUGAUGAGAAUUAUGGCGAGGGGUCCAGCAGAGAGCACGCUGCCCUGGAACCUCGACACCUCGGAGGAAGAGCGAUCAUCGUGAAGAGCUUCGCCAGGAUUCACGAGACUAAUCUUAAGAAGCAGGGUCUGCUGCCUCUGACGUUCUCAGAUCCUCAGGACUAUGACAAGAUACACCCUGAUGAUCAGAUUUCCAUCACUGGACUCAAGUCAUUCGCCCCUGGGAAGCCUCUGAUAGCUGUAAUCAAACACAUCGACGGCAGUUCGGAGAAGAUCACGCUGAAUCACACCUUCAACGAGACCCAAAUCGAGUGGUUUCAGGCUGGCUCCGCCCUCAACAGGAUGAAGGAACUUCAGAAGUGAACAAAAGGCAGGGUCAGGAGUGGAGAUAGAUUACUGGUUCAUGUAAAUACAUUGGGAGUAAUUUGUAGUCAGCUCUUCUAGUAGUUGAUUAUCCAUAUAUCCAAAUAUUAUAGAGUGCAGAUUACACACAUAUACACACACUCGCACAUUAACUCACUCACAAACAGGUCGCUGUAUAGAUUGAACGCGCACACCACACACACACACACACACUCAGGACUGUUGUAUUGUGUAUAUUGUAGUGUGUUCGCCCUAUAGGUAGACAAGGACACGCACACACACACAUACAGAGGCACGGUUAGUGUUUGAAUGUAUAUAGUUUAUCACUGCAUUACCUGCACCUGAUCCACACUGUGUGUUUUUGUCAGCAGUGUACUGUCACCGUCAUGUUUCUGUAGCUGAUGUUCUGUUUCACACUCCGACCUACUCUCUCACUCUUCUAACUCUUCUCACUCUUUACUCCUUUAGCCGUUUAGUUUAAACAUGAAUUGGGGGCUGAAUGUUUUCAGUAGGUCUCUAGGCAGGUUGUGAAAUACUGUACUAUUGGAAGAACCAGUGAUUCUCAAUUCAGUAAUUGGGUUUAGAGGACAUGCGCCUUGUAAAAUACGCACUUGUGGGUUUUUCUGCAAGUAUAAAGUGAGAAGAGAGUAGGGAGUCAAUAUGAUGUUCUCUUGAAUUGGUUACUGAUUUAAGUGUUUCUCUGAAGAUAAAGAGACUUUCCCAAACCAAAAAAGGUAUUUUACAACUGUGGACUUAAUGAGCUCUUCCAACAAAGAAUAUAAAUCAUCCAAUUAAUCAGUUUUUCUUUUUUUUUAUGUAAGAAAUAUAUAAUGUGCUUUAUUUAAACAUAUUUCUUAUAUGUAACUCUCAAUAGUAAAGAAAGUCUCUAAUUUUAAUGCUUUAAGGGCUUUCAUUGAAAGGGCAGGGUAUCUAAAGCAUUUUAAAGCAUAGCUGUUUACUCUUGAUAAGUGGUGCAGCGAGCAUCUUCCUGAUCAUUUUCUUUACCAGUUAAGAUGGGGAUUUUUAAUGCCAGGCUUUUUAGAACCUGGGCCUAUUGUAAUGACUGAGUCAAACCUAAAGUACCUAAGGUUAAGUUAGCUGGCUAAUCUGCAAUUGGAGUUUCUUCUGGAGCUCGAUCAGAUCAGAUGUUCAAAUAUUAAUAAGGUCUAAACAUCUGAUGCUGAUGACUCUCCAUUCCUGCAUCACUGCUGUCAUCACUCCACGAGUCUGAGAUUAUCGAUAGAAAACACUGUUUCUGUUUUUUUUUUGUGUGUGUUUGUUAGGAGUGUAAAACACAGGGCAUCUCGUAUGAUAGUAUCAGGAUAUGAUGCCCAUUAUACCGAUUACACCACAAUACUUCGAUUCUGUCAAAGACAUACUUUACGGCAUCUGUGUUACUGAAGAGAAUAAAAUACUCCUAAAUAAACAAAUACCAGGAAUUAUAGAUGUAUUAGUUUUUUCACACAAUUUAACAACCAAUAUUCUUCACCAUAGGUUUACCCUAUUCAUUUGAUUAUAGGGCCACCUCGUGUUUCAGUAAAAAUAUUCGUAACUGAUGCCAUGUAUCGAAAAUGUAAGAUAUAUCACCAUAUCUAUGUUUGUCCCACCUCUUGUUUGAUGAUCUGCUCUCUGUGACUUCUGACUGUAGUGGUUCAUCUUCAUGUCCUAAACGCACAACGGUGGUUUGUAGGCUGUUGUAACACACAGCCCCUGCCACACACUCCUAAGCGCUUUUGUAAUUAAAGCUAAUUUAAAGUCAUUUCAGUCUCCAUUAACUGUCUGGUAGGGAGUGGAUUUAGUUACAAUGGUGGUGAAUUGAACCUGGUGUCACAAUGACAACACACAUAACCACUUUAUUUACCAUCUAAACCCAAAGCACUCCAAAACAACCCUGAAUGACUUUUAACCAUUUUAUUUUUUAUUUUCUUUACUAUUAGUGAUCGGAUUUGUUGUGUUUUUUUUUUUUGUAUUUUUGUGACUAAUGGGUGAAAAAGCACUUGCUGACUUUUAAACAGGAUUUUGACUGUCUGGAAAUGAGUAAUAUAAUGGCAAUAUUUAUGUGAAUGUUAAGAGGUGUGCAGGAGUGGUGGAGUAGUGUGCUGCUGGACGACGCUUGUGGAGGUGGAGGUGUGUGUCGGAGUUGGUGGAGUGUGUAGGUGUUUUAGGUCUGAUUUGGGUUUUAAAGCCCAGCGCCUCUCAGAGUUGGGUAAAGGUAGUUGUAAAUAAGGUUUAGGGUGUCUAGUUUGGGAGGAGGGGGUUCUGUACAAUUUGCACCUUUGAUUCCCUAUCACUAAUAAACCUUUGAUUACUGAGAUGAAUAAUCAAUGAAAUGAAAAUGCUUAAACAAAUGAUUCAAAGAUAAAGGUCAGAUUGUUCUUUUAAAAAGCUGCUGAUUGCUUGGCCUGCAGUCUGCUGUUCGGUCCUGACUCCAGUCUUUCCUCCAUAUUGCUCAUUAAUCUCUACUGAAGCUUCCACUAGAAUAGAGAUGAAUAAAGCAGGGAUCCUUUUAUUAAUUAUUCAGUCUUCUGUGAUUAGUGGCUGCCUGACGGCUUAACGUCUAGUAAACGAGGCUGAUAUAUAACAGGUUUUCUCUGUUGGGGAUGGAGCGUAUUAGAGUAAUUAAAUAUUGCUUUUGUAUUUAAGUACUGUUCUUUACUCUAGUAUUAAAAUUAAACUCUUGCACUUUUACUUUUUAGCACUUAUUUGGUUGUGUAGAAAGUUCAGAAACUGAACGCUGUAUUCAGGCAAAUCUACAGGCAAAUCUGAGUCGUUUCCCAACUCAGAUCUGUUAAGAUAAGUAUCCACACUGGUAUUUAAAAGCGCUUCUGCGCGGUUAUUGCUGUGGUAUGGAGAUUGGCAUUAGUAACUAACCUUCAGCACUCUUCUCGGAUUCCUGCAAUCAGACUGAGACACGUUUGUAUGAAUCCAAUCAGAUUGAAACCACCUGAUUUGGGUCCACUUUGCAAAAAUCUGAUUUAUUUAGGUUUCUGGCUGUUCCGUGGAUCAGCUGGUGCUCUGUUAUGUGAUUAAAAACUCUGGCCUAUCCGUCAGUGAUGUAACCUUUAUUUCCUGCUGAAGUAAAGCUGUACACGAACAGUGAACACACCUGUUAUUUAUGUAUCUGACAUCUGAUCUCUAAUCUACAACCAAAUAUUUGUCGGAAUCGGACUCCAUCUCUCUGUUCUGAUUUUAAUGUUUAUUAAUUUGUGUUUUGUAGAUGGAUGUGAUUUGAAUGCUAUCAGAAUCUGAACUUUCCUAAAUAAAUGAAAAUAAAAUAAAUCAGCUAAUGAGAA